AUGGCGGAAGGAAGUGGGUUGGGUGUUUCAUCCUCUGCUGUUAAAUUAUCUACAAAGGUUAUGACUGACAUAAUCCCUACCCAAUAUGAAAAAUCAUUAGUUGAGAAUCUUGAUUUAGUUGAUAGCAUUCAACAUCCAAUGGAGACAUUACAAUUUGAAGACGAUGAAGUAGGAAGUGAAAUUAAUAAGGGAUAUUGUAGCUGCAUUAUUCAAGGUUCACGCGACACCACAGCCCCUCUUCCUCUCUUCUUCCUUCUCUCCGGCCGGUGGCCCCGUUUCUUCUCUUCCCUUGCCGCCGGCCGGCCAACCACAGCCCAUCACUCCUUCUCCUUCUCGAUUUCCAGCAGCGACGGUAGCAGCACAGUGGCGGGAGCAGCAGGCGACGGCAGCAAUUUCCGACCAACUCCACCUCACCGGAGGGGUUCUCCGGUGAGACCUUCACACUCCGGCACUUUUCCAAGGCUCUACCUACUGGGGUUCAGGCGGCAGAGCAUAGCUCCCGGCGGCAGUUCAUUCCAGCACCUCCAUCUUCAUUUCCAGCCAACUUCCAACAGAGGGGUUCUCCGUUGGAAGAUUGGCUUCACCGUUGUUGAAGCUAGCAGCAACCAGCAAAGUGAGCUACUGUCCACCAGUUUUGAGGGUUCCGAGCCGGGUCUUUCGUGUGACGACGAGGAUACAGGAAAGGAAAAGAUAUAGAAAGGAAGGCGACAAGGAGGUGCGGAUGGAUGUGUG